AUGUCGCUGCCUCUGACACAGCCACGGUGGGCCACCCGCUCUGUCGCGCUGGGCCACCCGCAGCCCCCCCAUCUGUUCUCGCCGGACCCUGCGAUGAUUUUUAGCGGCAUUAUCAUUACAUGCGCGCGUCUCUCGCCGCAUGAUGUCGAGAUGCUCGGGUCCGCUAUCACCUCCCUCGGUGGCGGCGUCCGCCAGACCCUCUGUGAGGACGUGACGCACCUCGUGGCCUCCUCGCACGAGGGCAGCAAGAUGCAGGCGCUCGCGAGCCACCCGGACAUAAAGAUCCGAGCGGUAGCGCCUCAUUGGAUCAACGACUCAUUCAGCCUGAAUCGCCUCCUCCCUGAAGAUGACUACCUGUUCGACCUGGCCGAUGCCACAUCGCUGCCUGUAUGCAUGCGUGCUGCAUGGCAGCGCCCCACCGAGUCUGCGCCGUCAGAACCGUGUGCAACGCCAGCAAACUCGGACCAUGUCGUAUUGGAGGGCAAGGCCGUGCUGCUAUCGCGUGACAUCCACGGUGGCUCUCUCGAGUCGCACCCGCAGCUACACUCGCUUCGCGACCGUAUUGAGCGUGCUGGCGGCCGCUGCCUCGACGUCGUAGCGGCGAAUGCGCCCUUAAAAGAGGUCCAGGCAGCUGUGCGGCGCGCAGACCUUGUCGUUGCGCGGUACCGCGAGUCGGACGAGUUUGCAUGCGCGCUGCAGCAUGACAAGACUAUUGGCACGCUGGCGUGGUUGGUCAAAGUGCUAUCGACGGGCCACAUGACGUCGCCGCGCGACCGUCUCUUGCACUUUCCUUUCCCUCAUGCGCCAGUACCUGGCUUUGAGAGUCUGACGAUCACGCUCACAAACUACACGGGCCAGGCACGCGUCUAUCUCAAGGAACUGAUUGCGAAAAUGGGCGCCACGUUUACCCCUGAAAUGACACCGGCCAACAGCGUAUGUGUAGCGUUGGAGCUGCGGGGCGAAAAGGUCGCCAAGGCACGCGAGUGGAACAUUCCGCUAGUCAAUCAUACGUGGCUCGAGAGCUGCUUCGCCACAUGGACGAACCAGAACUUGGCGCAGCGCCAAUUUAUCACUUUCCCAGGGGCCGCGCAGCUCCGUGCUGUCGUCGGCCAUGUCGGCGUGGCUGAGUCGAGCCUCACACCCUACCGCACGGAGCACGAGGAGCCGGCCCUCUCUGUGACGCCGCCGACGCCCGCGCAGGCGGUUCCUGAAGCGGCUCACGACGACGUCUCGGAGUCCGUGUCAGCACCCCUCGCGGCAGAUGACCACGUGGUUCUGCCCCCCGAAGACGUGUUCUCGGACGCACAGCGUGUCGACGAGACGCUGACAGAGGGAGCAGAAGCGCCCCUGUCUGACACUGCGCCGGCCUCCGAGCCAUCGCGCACGCGCAAGCGCUCGGUGUCUGCCAGCGAGGAUGCAGGCAAGCGACCUCGGCCCACACUGCCCGUGAUUGCGACCACGUCUGUGGAGCUCUCUGAGCACGAGCGCCAUGUGCUAGACACUUUGUCGAUUGUACGCACGGACAAUAUGAUGGAAGCGACACAUCUCGUCGCCAAGUCGCUAACACGCACCGAAAAGAUGCUUUGUGCAAUUGCCCGGGGCCUGGACGUGGUGUCAAUGAGCUGGGUCCGAGCGAUGGUUAAGGCUAAGGCGGUCGUUCCAGCCGGAUCGUAUGCGCUUGUCGACCGGAAGAAGGAGCAACAAUGGGGCAUUCAGCUCUCUGACGUGCUUGCGCGCAGCCGGCUGCAUCCCGGUGCCCUUUUGCAGGGGCACCACAUCAUACUGACACGCCAUGUGCAACCGUCACGCGACAUUUUGGCGCACAUCGUUGAGGCGGCCGGCGGCCAAGCCAGUGUGGCGACGGCCAAGACGGACACGGCAACGUGGGAUUCACAAACGCAUGUGGUGAGCUGUGCAGAGGACGCCAAGGUUGUCGCCUCACUGCGCAAGGACUACGGGAAGCAUCACCCUGAUGCGCCAUGGCGUGUAUAUUCGCCCGAGCUGAUUCUCGCUGGCGUCUUGCGCCAGGACAUGGACUGGUCCAGCACGCACGAGCUUGAGCCAUAG